CCCAAAUUCAACGUCUGUGCAAAGCUGCGAAAUGCCUCAUUAGCCAAUUGCAUCCCCAGUAGCCGCAGGAUUUGCAGUCUUUUGCAGUGGCCGUGAGAAGCAAUUCUUAUUCAUCAGGACGCUCAAACAUUAGCCGAGCUGCUGUGAUGGGUCAGCAGGAGGGAGUGCAGUUGAAGGUGCUCGAGUGGUGCAGCUGCAGCUGCCCCUCGCCCUUCCCUCCCUCGCCGCCUGCAGGAGCGCAGACAGGAUGGCCCAUCGCUACCACGCAACGCGGCAAGCUGACAAUGCGUCGCUGCUGCACGGAGCACCUCGACGGUUGGCCUGCCCUGGCAUUGUCUCGGGUCUGGCUGAUCUCGGCGCUGGCUGGUCUCGGUGCAGGCUGCCUCUCUGGCCUGUCGGGCCCUGUCUUUGCCAUGGGCUCAAGCGGUUUCAUGCUCUUCUGUGGCCAGCCCGCAGCAACGCCUCACCUGCCAGCCCCAUCCCUGGUCCAUUCGUCGAAUCGUGGUGGAGUGCUCUUCCGACUGGGAAGAAAGCUCUGUGUCUCUGUGUCUCAGACGCCACAGCGUUCAUGGAGCUCCUCCUUCAUGGGGCCUGGCUGCCGACACCAUCGUAGGAGCUUGGUGACUAGUGUCCCCUGCUGCAUGCUUGAUUUUUGAGCAAGGGAUGGAGGUUCAGAUCCUUAAGUCGCCUCCGACGUCCUGGGGUCGGUCCAAGUGUCUGGUCCUCAUAAGUAUAUCUUCCGCCGGUUGUUUGCAACUCUAUUGAUGUGCCAGUGGUCGAUAGAGUUCUGUCAGCUUACUCGAAUUUGUCUCCCAUUCCUCGCCAGCUCUGUUGCUAUUUCGAGGAGCUUACGUUAAGCUUCAGGAUCACCUUUUUUGUCCUGUC